CUGCGAGACCAAGUGUCCUGGACCCCCAAACAUCACUCGCAAAUAUUGAUUAUAAUGACAACUAUUUUAAAAGAAGCACUGUUUUCUUUUCAGAUAAAGGGUUUAAGGUUGGAUGUGGAACAACUUGACGAACCGACGUCAUCAAAGGACCAAAUCGUGCCACUAUUUAAAGCGCCUCUUCUUAAGUACACUGUGAUCAUGACUACGCUGUUUUUGAUGAUACAAAUUGGAUCAUCAUUCAUAGUCUGGAUGCCAACAAUUGCCAACAAUUUCGUGAACAUUGUGGAGACAGGAGUAGGCACCGAUAGGAGUUUAUGUAAUAUUAUCGGCGACAGUUUAGAACUGCCAGUGGAUGUAAGUUUUGAAAAUAGACUUUAA